AUGCACUCUAAACCGGGCCACUCCCCACUGCCAGGGCGCGCGGCGUGGCUGACUGUCCGUGUGUGUCUCCUGUGCCCCAGGCUCCGAGCGGCCCCGGUGGCCCCAGCAGAGAGACAGAUGGGCAACAGCGUGAAGUCCACCCCGGCGCCCCCGGAGAGGCCUCUGCCCAGCUCGGACGGUCUGGAGAGCGACUUCCUGGCUGUGCUGAGUGACUACCCAUCUCCUGACAUCAGCCCCCCAAUAUUCCGCCGUGGGGAAAAGCUGCGGGUGAUAUCCGAUGAAGGGGGCUGGUGGAAAGCCAUCUCACUCAGCACUGGCCGAGAGAGCUACAUCCCCGGGAUAUGCGUGGCCAGGGUUUACCAUGGCUGGCUGUUUGAGGGGCUGGGCAGAGACAAGGCCGAGGAGCUGCUGCAGCUGCCAGAUACGAAGAUCGGCUCAUUCAUGAUCAGAGAGAGUGAGACGAAGAAAGGUUUUUACUCGCUAUCUGUGAGGCACAGGCAGGUGAAGCAUUACCGCAUCUUCCGCCUGCCCAACAACUGGUACUACAUUUCCCCGAGGCUCACCUUCCAGUGCCUGGAGGACCUGGUCAACCACUACUCCGAGGUGGCUGACGGCCUAUGUUGUGUGCUGACCACGCCCUGCCUGACGCAAAGCACGGCUGCCCCGGCAGUGAGGGCCCCCAGCUCGCCGGUCACCUUGCGCCAGAAGACUUUCGACUGGAAGAGGGUAUCCAGACUGCAGGAAGAUGGUGAGGGAGCUGCGAACCCCCUCGGGAUGGAUGAGUCCCUCUUCAGCUACGGCCUUCGGGAAAGCAUCGCCUCCUACCUGUCCCUAACCAGUGACGACAGCGCCCCCUUUGACCGAAAGAAGAAAAGUGUCUCCUUGAUGUACAGCGGGAGCAAGAGGAAGAGCUCUCUGUUCUCCUCGCCACCGUACUUUGAAGACUAGCCGACAGCAGACAGCGGGGUUGACGCCCACAAGGCACUGAAGUUCCAGCUGUCGCCUGGGGACAGAGCAGGGUUCCUGGGUCUCUGGGGCCAAGAGAAGCCACAUGGAGACUACAACUCUCCUCCUCUCUAUCCACAUCACGACCAAAGGAGCCUCACAGCACGCUUGUGACGUCACAGCACGUUGAACUGUGAUGGGACAGGGCCAUGCACGUGCACAUGGUGCAGGUGGGCAGGAGACAGACAUGCGCCAGGCCCAUUCGCCAGCAAACCCCAGGUGGCCACACUCUGAGGGAACGUGUGCAUAGGAAACCCUGAGAGGAAGACGGAUCAAAAGUUGCCAUCUGGCUCUCCGUAUGCGGCCCUGCAGGGAACUCCUUAACCCAGGGGAUGCAUCACUUCUCAUUCUAAGGGAACUCCAUGACACUACACACCAGCCCAAGGGACAUGCUGGCCUGAAUCAGGAGACACCUUGGGCAUGCUGGGUAAAAGUCAGAGGGCCUCUGUGAUGCUGACAGGGCCGGGCAGAUGGGAGAGAGGGGACAGCUGGCGGAGAAGGAGCCCAUGGGGCUGGAACUGCACAGGCUUCUGUGAUAUCGCCAGCCAUGGCUUGCAGGGCACAGAGAGUUACUCUAGGCUGCCUGGAUUAAUGCAUCCAUUAUUCCUGCAUAACCGCCUGAAGAGGCACCAAGUUAAGUCCCCGUGCAAGGUGUCAAGCCAAAAAAAAAAAA